AUGGCGGCGCCCGCGCUGAGGAGCUUCGCUGAGGUUGGCGUGACCUUUGAGGACAUUGCCCUGUACUUCUCCAGGGAGGAAUGGAGCCUCCUUGAUGAGGGUCAGAGACAGCUGUACCUGAAUGUGAUGCUGGAGAACUUUGAACUUGUAUCCUCGCUGGGUUGCUGCUGUGGAGCAGACAAUGUGGAGGCACCCACUGAAGAGAACGCUUCUGUAAGAGUGUCACAGGCCAGGAAUCCCAAGGCAGCCUUGUCUUCCCAGAAGAGCCACCCCUGUGAGAGCUGUGGGCUCGUCUUGGGAAACAUUUUCCACUUGACUGAGCUGCAGGGAACACAACACGGACAGAUACUGUUGAGGGCCAGUGGAAAAGACAGGGAAAAACAUGAGAGAAACAUCGACGUGAGAGAAACACAUCAGUUGGUUGCCUCCUGCAUCAGCUGUGACCAGGACCUGGGCUGGGAAGGAGUCUUCAACCAAGGUUUGUGCCUUUGACCAAAAUCGAACCUGAGACCCUUUGGUUUGCAGGCCUGAGGUCUAUCCAAAGCCAAACCAGCUAGGGCUCUGUUAGAUAUUCUUAUCCUUGAAUAUAUGACCAUCAUUGUCCAUUUUAAUAAAUAUUUGGGUGUUUGUAAUAA